GGCCAAUCCGGCCGCCUCAGCUUCGGAGGCCUCAAAGAGGUGGUGAGGGACAUGUGGUACGGACUGGCUAUCCCGCCUGAUCAGAUCACCGACUUCGACUUGAAGGGCCUCUGGAAGGCCUUGGAUGAAGACAAAUCCAGCACGGUCAGCGUUGGCGAGUUUAUGGUUUUCAUGCGACGUUAUGGGGCUCAGCACAGCAUGCACAAGUCUUCCCAGAGCAAGAUGACAUGUAGUGUCAUCUCCGAAGAAGAUGAAGACCUCAAGGAGCAGAUCGCGAAUGCACCAGCAUUAGAUGCGCAUCAACUUGCUUCUCUGGCGACCAACUUGACGCUGGGCGUCCACGCCUGGCUAUCGCGCACAGGGGCGGACAAAGGCGCCUAUGCCGGAUCACUGCUUUGGCCGAAGUUCGUAGAAGCCAGUGAAUGCUCCAGGCAUGGACGAAUGAGGUUUGCGGAGUUCCGGAAGAUGGUGGCGCAGGUACUGCGUCCACCACCAGCACCAGAGCACCUCAUGGCCUUCUGGAGGGAG